CUUACAACACUAGAAAGUCCUAGUGGUUCAAGAAUACUUUGGGUAGCUUGUCAAACAGAGAAAUGUUCCACAAUCCCAUUGUGCCUCGUUUGAGGAAAAGGCCGAGACCAGUAGAAGCCAGUGUUCCCAGGUGUGAGGAGGUGAAGUUUCAGAAUGUCAUAUUGUACCUGGUGGAGAGGAAAAUGGGACACAGCAGGAGAAGCUUUCUAACCGGACUGGCCAGGUCGAAGGGCUUUAUUGUGAACGACAUCCUCAGCGACGUGGUCACUCAUGUUGUGUCAGAGGAUCACCAGGCUUCGUCACUGUGGUCAUGGCUCCGAGGGUGUGAACUGAAGAAUUUACCUGACAUGCUCGUGUUAAACAUCAGCUGGUUCACUGACAGCAUGAGAGAGGGGAGGCCUGUUGCUGUAGAGACCAGACAUCUUAUUCAGGACACCUUGCCCAGUGAAGGGCCCACACCCACUUCCGUGGCCAUAGUUUCUCAGUACGCCUGCCAGAGACGGACAACGAUCGAAAACAACAACAGCAUUUUCACCGAUGCGUUCGAGGUCUUGGCAGAGAGCUAUGAAUUCAGUGAGCUUGAGGGUCAAUGUCUGGCCUUCAGGAGAGCCGCUUCAGUCCUGAAGAGUCUACCCUGUGAGGUGCGGCGUCAGGAGGACAUCCGAGAUCUGCCUUGGAUGGGAGAACAUACUAAAGCAGUGAUGGAGGAUAUACUUCAAUAUGGGCAUUCGUUUGAAGUUGAGAGAAUGCUCUCUGACAAAAAGUAUCAAACACUGAAGCUGUUCACGAGUGUGUUUGGGGUUGGACCUAAGACGGCAGACAAGUGGUACCGCAAAGGGCUGCGCUCAUUCAGCGACGUUCUGACGGAGCCCAGCAUUCAUCUGAACCGGAUGCAGCAAAUGGGUUUUCUGUAUUAUGAAGACAUCUCAAGGGCUGUCAGCAAGGCAGAGGCCCGAGCACUGGGGAGCAUUAUUGACGAAGCUGUCCGUGCGAUCACACCGGACGGCAUAUUAGCACUGACAGGUGGCUUUCGGAGGGAGAAGGAGUUUGGUCACGAUGUGGAUUUUAUUGUGACCACACCAGAACCAGGGAGAGAGAAUAGUCUGCUACCUGACAUCAUUGAAAGACUGAAACAAGAAGGCAUUUUGCUUUAUUGUGACUAUCAGGCCUCCACCCUUGAUAUAUCCAAGCUUCCCUGCCCGAGAUUUGAGGCCAUGGACCAUUUUGCAAAGUGCUUCCUGAUCCUCCAGCUGGAGGGAAGCAAAGUGGAGGGCGGUUUGAGCAGAUCUAAGGAGGGCGGCAGGGGAUGGAAGGCGGUGCGUGUCGACUUGGUGUCACCACCUGUGGAUCGUUAUGCUUUCGCUCUACUGGGCUGGACCGGCUCCAGGCAGUUUGAGAGAGACCUGAGGAGGUUUGCUCGAUUAGAGCGGCAGAUGGUUUUGGACAACCACACCCUGUACGACAAAACAAAGAAAGAGUUCCUGGCAGCACAGACUGAAAAGGACAUCUUUGCCCAUCUGGGUCUGGAGUACAUUGAGCCAUGGCAGAGAAAUGCGUAGGCCUCUGCUCCUCCCUUCCUGCCUGGAUGAUACCCUUUGCAUUACAUCAGUGUUCUUCCCAUCUGUUUGCUCGGCUCUGCUGUGAUUCACUUCCAAAUAGCUUUUGAUUUCUAUACACUUAUGUGCCAUUAUUUGUGCUGUUUUUGUCUGCUGUGUGAUUCAUUAUACUUCUUAUUCACUAUUGUCUUUUUCAACAUAAACAUCCCUUUGUCA